CGUGGGCGGCCUCUCGAAUCGGUCGUCGACCAUAUUCAAUUGGCCAUCUUCCUCAAUCGACCCCAUUAUCAAUCUUGAACUCCCGCUAGCCUGCACAGACAACCAACCCCUGACCUUAGAUCUCACUCAGAAUCGUUAUUGUACACCAUGGCCGCUUCGACAACCGCUUCUCAGGGGGAGAUGGACGCUUCCCGGGUACCCAUUCAGUGGAGGGACCAGUGUUCGGCUCUCCUUAUUCCUCUCAACAAGUGCCGACACAAGACUCUUUACGCUCCCUGGAAAUGCGAGGAUGAGAGGCACGGUUACGAGAAGUGUCAAUACGACGACUUCCUCCGACGAACAAAAGAGCUCGUCGCCCAGAAGAAGGCUGCUGCCGAAGCUGCCGACGAUGAAUAGAUGGAGGGGGAGAUAGGAGCUCGUAGGCAGGCAGGAGAGGGAAGGGAUCCCUGAGGGUUAGCGAGGGACGUAAAUGUCUCCCUAGAGGCGUUUUGUAUCAUCAAGCAGAUGGAAGGAAUGGGUCAGGGUAUCGAAUCAGAUUCAUUCGCGACAAUAUGGGGACCAGU